AUGCUGACCUCCAAAGUAAACAUCUAUAUUGCCAUCUGUUGUGCACUGCUGUUGGUUCUCUGUGAAGCGCGGUAUUCGGAGCAUCUAUCUUCUCGAUUUUCGCCUAGGCAAAACAGUUUUGGCCUUGGGAAAAGAGACGGCCUGCCAGAGUCAUGUCUCCCUCUUUGUAGCUCGGGUCGCUGCAACUCGCCGGGGUGUGGUAUAUUAAAGCGCAGCUCUCCCGAUGCUGUUGAAUUUGCCAGCAACACGACAGACGGCAACUUCACGCAGAAGCGGCAUCUAGGGAAACGUCUUCUUUUUGGUACCGGACAAGCAGAUAUAUCGACUUAUAUCCGAAUGAAAAGCAGGUCACCUUCGAUUGAUUCAGUAUGCCCGGACAUAGCCGGGGGGGUUGAUGGCCCCAGCUACUGCAUACAACAGUCCUUUGCCUCCGCGCCGCUCACUAACAAUCAGUACUGGGCUGGCACGGGUGAAACCACGUUAAAAGGCUGCACAGUCCUGGUGGUAGCUUCGAGUCGUGGUGUAUAUAUGUGCCACUUUUGGGAGGAUCUUCAUUAUCCCGGCUACUGGGACACUCGGCAGACUUACUAUACCUUUGAUCCGGUUCUUAACAUGAUCAGAGGCGAGGGCGACACCACAUAUGCCGUCGGUCCGAGGCUUGAAAAGUCCCUGUUCGAACAAAAGCAUCCUUUCGAUCGUACCGUCGCGUUCAUCAUGGCACCGCGCGAUAAGAUGACACCCUUCGACGCGAGAUCGUUCGAAUACCCGUUUGAGCACGCUCAAUUGUAG